GUCGGUUCGUGAGAAAGUGGAGAGGGAUUCUCGUGCUCCUCGCGCAGAGGACAUUUAAAUCUCGACCGCAGGCCAGACGGACUGACCGAGCCGAGGAGGUUGCCUCUCUCUCUCUCUCCUGCUGUUUCCCCUCGCUCCAGGGAAGGUGAUUUUUUGUCUCCCGCACAUUGUCGGUACCUUCCGCACCUCCGCCAUCGCUACCGGUCCUCGGGACCUAGCUUCUGCCUGCCUGCCUGCCUGCCUGAGCUCUCCUCUCUCUCCCUCUCCUCUCACGACUUUCCGGCAAAACCAGACGACCGGAGCGCAUUGACUGACAGACACGCGAGUCGCGCGACACGAGUUUAGUGCCACCGUGGCCGAGAGAGUAGCGUUACGUACGCGCGCUUACGCUCACGCUACGCUUAUUUAUUGAAGACCCUUCCGUGAUUAUUUAUUCGUAUCUACGCUCUGUGCGCCUUGAUUCGCCCGAGUAACACACGUGUGUGGGAGUGAGCCGAAGAGCCGCCGACGAGGAAGGAAGUAAGCAGCACCGAGGAGAGACCAACGUCCACGAUUUGUCGCCGUCGUCACGACAAGAGAAGAGAGGGAGAGAGAGAGAGACAUAACAUAUCCAGAGAGUGAGAGAGAAGAAUCGAUCCCCGGAUAAGGAGCGAGGAAAAUGUGUAGUGCGUGAGAAACUACCGAGAAACGGGCACUCCUUACUCUCUCUUUCUCUCUCUGUCUCUCUCUCUCUCUCUCUCUCUCUCUCUCUCUAUCUUUCUCUCUCUCUCUCUCUCUUUCUCGUCUCGCUCGGACUGCGACUUCGCACGUACACGCACACGCGUGCACACGUAGCAGCGCGUACGAACACGCACGCCCGUGCUGUCGACGUCGUCGCUGCGUUUCGCGACUCGUCGCGAGGUGAGUGUCUCCGUCUCGUCUCGGGCUACCGUAACGAGCGCCCCGUCGUCGUCAUCGUUAUACGAUUCGUCGCUGUGAAAAAGUGUUAAGUGCCCCCCGACUCCCGUCUCCGUGCCGCCCUUCCCCUUUCUCACGCCGUCUCGUCUUCUCUCGCGGAGAUCCAGCGAGAACGUGCGAGCGAGCACGUGGACAGAACACAGCGAGAGCCGGGACGACGUUUCUCCGGGGGGACGCGAACGGGAACGCCAGCCGGCUGCGAGUCUCUCGAGGUGUGGCGAUCGCGGGACUGUCGUCAUUGCCGAAGACACUUGCUCGCCCGUCGUCAUCCUCGUCGUCGUCGUCGUCGUCGUCAUCAUCGUCAUCAUCAUGGAUCUCCUCUGCUGCGAGACCACGGAGAACAAUUGCCGGGCCUACGCCGACCCGGCUCUCCUCGACGACGACCGAGUCCUGCAGAACUUGCUGCAGACUGAGGAACGGUACGCGCCCAGCAGCUCAUACUUCGAGUGCGUGCAGAGGGAUAUCUCGCCGUUCAUGCGCAAGAUCGUCGCCGAAUGGAUGUUGGAGGUAUGCGAGGAGCAGAAGUGCCAGGACGAGGUCUUUCCCCUGUCGAUGAACUACGUCGACAGGUUCCUCUCGAUCUGCCCGAUCAGGAAGUCGCAGUUGCAGCUGCUCGGCACCGCCUGCCUCCUGCUGGCAUCAAAACUGCGCGAGACAUCGCCGCUUGCGGCCGAGGUGCUCGUUUUCUACACGGACAAUUCCAUCACUUUGGACGAUCUCUGGAGGUGGGAGCAGCUGGUCGUCUCUAAGCUGAAAUGGGAAUUGUCCGCAGUGACGCCCGGCGACUUCCUCAUGCACAUUCUCAGCAGACUGCCGAUGCCGCGUACUUGGGACACCGUGAUGGUCAGGAGGCACGCGCAGACCUUCAUCGCUCUCAGUGCGAGAGAAUACAAGUUCUCCAUGUACACGCCGAGCAUGAUCGCGGCGGCGAGCGUUGCGGCGGCGUUGAACGGACUCGACUGGACCGGGAAGACCGGCUACGGAUUAGCCGGUCUCUUGGACGAGCUCACCCGUAUCACCGCCAUCGAACAGGACUAUCUGCAGGGUUGUCUAGAGCAGAUCGAGGAGAUGGUCCAGGCUCACGUGGGUGCCGAGGUUGCCGCCGGAAGUGGGCAUCAGGUGACAAGCACUGGCAGCGGCCCGAGCGCGCCGCAAAGGCCGCUGGGGGACCAGAACACGAGCCAGGAGAAAAUACUGGAGCACGAGAAGGCGGGCACGCCAACCGAUGUCAGGGACGUACAUUUUUGAAAACCGCAGCAGGGGGACAGUCCGCAGGGACCGACACACCGCCGAUGAGCCUGAAAGCUGAGGAGGAGAGAGUAGGCUCCAGCGGCAGCGGCGUAAAGAACGAGACCGACGGCCAGCCGAGGCAGAAGCGAAGCAAGAGGAAAGCCUCGAAAGAAGAGAAGAAGGAAGAGGAGGAGGAAGAGAAGAAGAACAAG